UAUGAGGUAUUAGGAUCCUAGAGGCGAACGAACUUUCAGUGUAUAUUAUCUCAAUAUCGUGAACCAUGACUUACGAAGUUAGGUUUUCACAUCAUAGAGGGUUGAUGCGCAAAUAUAAUCAAUUUCCUGGCAUUUUUCCUCAUAGCCAUUGCUUCCAUUUCAUUAUUCAUGGUUGUGACAACAUAAUGUAGACGAGCAUUUGAGUAUAGUUUGGGAGAUAUACCUUCUGAGAUAAUGAUUAUGAUCACAAUAGAGAUAUUCGGUAUUUUAUAAGAGAAACAUUUUGAACCAAAAUUUUACCGCAAACGUGCAAGCAGAUUGUCCUUCUCCCGUAGUCAUUGGUACUACUAUACGCCACGAGCUGCAGAGAAACCAAUGUAUCCGAGUCAGUUGCUUUAACGAGUGGCAACGUAAGAUGGCCGCCAGAGACUUCAAUUAAAUUACCCGUCCGGGUUAUUUUUACACGUCCGUGGCCCGUUGACUGUGUUUUACUCUGCGAUUCUAUUGGCUUGCAUAUUUUGCCGGGGAACAGUAUUAGCGGUAACACACAAUAUGCUGAGCGUCGUUAGCACGUUGUGCUAAUCCCACCCAAAAAUCCUCGGUUGUUGCACAUCAUCUCUCACUCAAGGGUGAUAGGUUCCACAUAUUGUGCCAACCAAGCUCCCACUUCAUAUUUCGGCAUCUUAUUUCAUCAACAUAUUGACUCUAAUUGAAUGCCCAUGUGGCAAGUAACCAACAUGUCCUCGGAGGAGAAGACUUGGCAGAUCUCGUCUUCAUCUGUUCCUCCCCCACCAUCCUCUCAUUUUGUCGGGAAACGGGAUGACAUCAUCAGACGUGGCCGUGUGACCAAGCUGGUGAAUGGAUGCCGGGAUGUCCUUGUAGUGUAUCACCACGGGGAAUUCCAUGCCAUGGACAUGCGCUGUUACCAUGCUGGCGGUGCUUUGGAACUUGGAGACAUUGAGGAGUUCAAUGGGCGCGUGUGCAUCGUCUGUCCAUGGCACAAGUACAAGAUCACACUGGUGGAAGGCGAGGGGCUGUACCAAGCCGUGGAUAACCCCACCGUCAAACCUCUGAUAACUCACUGGCGCUCCAAGGGUGUCAAACAGAGGGUCCACAAAGUUACUGAAGUGAACGAGGACAUAUACGUCACACUGAAUGACUCCAGAGAGACCAUUGAGUCCGAUUACUACCAAACUGACACAUACAGGUCCAAUUUACGGAUCCAAAAAGUCAGCUGACAAGAGAAUAUGUCAUGUUUUGUAUGUAGUGUACAGUAUGUCUCUUUGAUAUAUUAUGAGACACACUAUGUUUCCUUCUUGUGGUCAAAUCAUUAUUUUAUGAGUGCGGUGGGUACAUACAGUAGGGGACCAUCACUGUUCGCGGGGGAUAGAAACUGGGUUGCCUUACGAAUUGUGAAAAUCUGCUUAUAAUUGACGCCUGUUGAAUUGGAGAAAAAAAAUAGUAAUGCUAAUAAGCAUUCACUAUGCAUUUCCAGGAAAAAAUGGGUGGAAAAAAAGAAAAUAGAAAAAAAAAAACAUCCACCACCACAUGUGUAUGGGGGGCCUCCACUGGAACUUAAAUUUUUUGGUUGCAACAAACCUCUGUUUAAAACAAACUAUGUUUUCAGGUGAGAAUUCUUCAAUCAGCCAUUAAAUGAAUGACCAAGUAACUCCAAAUAUUUUAAAUAAAUCCAUCCAUCCAAUUCUCUA